GUCUUAUUAGAAAUUAACAAAAAAUAAUAAUAAUAAUAAAAACCCUAAGCAUUUCGACGCGGGCGAUUUCGACUGCCCGUCCACUUCUUUCUCUCCCUCUCUCUCUCCGUGGUGCCAUGAAGGUUACCUGGUAGUCUGGGGGGAGAUCAUUUUGAGGAUUGAAGGUGAAUUCACAAUUUUGAGCUGCAUUGCUGGUCAAAAAUGGGAGAGACAAGCGAACAGUGCAGACAAUGGGAGAACAUCUAUUGGAGCCAUUUCCAGUGCAAACAGUUCGCUCAGUUUCUUCUGGGGGAUUUCCGUCAACAACUUGAAAUCCCCAAAAGGUUUUCUCAAUAUAUGAAAGAGAAGCUGCCUGAGAGCAUCGUUCUUAGAGGUCCUAGUGGCAUUACAUGGAAUGUGGAACUAACCUCAAAAGAUGAUGCACUGUUUUUCCAAGAUGGUUGGCAAGAAUUUGUUAAGGAUCAUUCAUUGAAGGAGAAUGAUGUUUUGAUUUUUAGGUAUCAUGAGAGAUCCCAUUUUGAUGUUUUCAUGUUCGAUGGACAGAACUUAUGUGAGAAGGAAGUUUCAUACUUUAUUAACAAAAGUGCCAAUGAAAAACCUGAAGACAAGAGUCCAAGGAAGAGUGAAGAACAUUGUGUUGAAGCUAAUCAUACCCCUACUCACUGUGCUACUGAUUGCACUUCAUUUGAUAAUUUUACUACCGGCGAUGGAGAAAUGAUGCCUGUCAAGUCUGAAAGUUAUGGAAAAAGGAAACGUACAGAAGCACGCAGUACGAAGGCUGCCCCUAAAACAAGAUUUCAACAGAAAAGAGGACUUCCAAAUCCUGAAGUAGAAAUGGAACUUGAACCUGGUAAGCAAAUUCCA